GGGCACAGGAGUGCAGCCGGGGGCAGGGCCGAGUGAGCCACCAUAUGAACUCUCCAGGAAGCCGGGCGCCCUGCCUGCCCUUGGCCCGGGGCGCAGAGCGUCACACUGGAUCUGGGGAGCAUCCUGCCCCCACUGUGGACCUCAGUCUCCUCACCUGAGACAUGGGCUGUCCCAUCCUCACCCUGUAAGCUGCGAGCCAAGGAGAUUCCUGGCCCCCAUCCUGGACUCACUUAACUACAUCUCCUGGUGGAAUGGCCCUGGGAUCUGCACUUUCAACAUGCUUCUAGAAUGAUUCUGAUGUUUACUGAAGGUUGAGAACUGCAACCCUGUGGGAUUAAUAAUGACUAGAGAAUCUGAGAGGCAUCAUCCCUGAAGUGUAUCACUUAGUUUGAGUGUCCUGGAAUCUUUUCACAUCCACCAUGAACACCUCUCACCUCCUGGCCUUGCAGCUGCCAAAAUCCCUACAGGGUGAAAACAGAAGCAAGCCCCUGGGCAUCCCAUACAACUUCUCUGACCAUUGCCAGGAUUCUGUGGACAUGAUGGUCUUCAUCGUCACUUCCUACAGCAUUGAGACUGUCGUGGGGGUCCUGGGUAACCUCUGCUUGAUGUGUGUAACUGUGAGGCAGAAGGAGAAAACCAACGUGACCAACCUGCUUAUCACCAACCUGGCCUUCUCUGACUUCCUCAUGUGCCUCCUCUGCCAGCCACUGACUGCCAUCUAUACCAUCAUGGAUUACUGGAUCUUCGGAGAGACCCUCUGCAAGAUGUCGGCCUUCAUCCAGUGUGUGUCGGUGACGGUCUCCAUCCUCUCGCUUGUCCUUGUGGCCCUGGAGAGGCAUCAGCUCAUCAUCAACCCAACAGGCUGGAAGCCCAGCAUCUCUCAGGCUUACCUGGGGAUUGUGCUCAUUUGGGUCAUUGCCUGUGUCCUCUCCCUGCCCUUCCUGGCCAAUAGCAUCCUGGAGAAUGUCUUCCACAAGAACCACUCCAAGGCUCUGGAGUUCCUGGCGGAUAAGGUGGUCUGUACUGAGUCCUGGCCACUGGCUCACCACCGAACCAUCUAUACCACCUUCCUCCUCCUCUUCCAGUACUGCCUCCCACUGGGCUUCAUCCUGGUCUGUUAUGCACGCAUCUACCGGCGCCUGCAGAGGCAGGGGCGUGUGUUCCACAAGGGCACCUACAGCUUGCGAGCUGGGCAGAUGAAGCAGGUCAAUGUGGUGCUGGUGGCGAUGGUGGUGGCCUUCGCUGUGCUCUGGCUGCCUCUGCAUGUGUUCAACAGCCUGGAGGACUGGCACCAUGAGGCCAUCCCCAUCUGCCAUGGGAACCUCAUCUUCUUGGUGUGCCACUUGCUUGCCAUGGCCUCCACCUGUGUCAACCCAUUCAUCUACGGCUUUCUCAACACCAACUUCAAGAAGGAGAUCAAGGCCCUGGUGCUGACUUGCCAGCAGAGUCCCCCCCUGGAGGAGCUGGAGCAUCUACCCCUGUCCACAGUACACACGGAAGUCUCCAAAGUGUCCCUGAAGCUAAAUGGCAGGUCCAAUCCCAUUUAAUCAGGUCUAGGGCUUCUCUCUGCCAUGUCCCUUGCCAGGCUCUUUCACUUAGCGAAGUGGGCACACUGCAAGCUGGGGUGGCACCCCAGCAUUCCUGGCUUUCUGGGGCCCAGAUAGGCUGGCAAGAGCCGUUUUUGCAUCCAUUUGCAUCGUGAAAACUGGCAUUCUGGUACUUCAGCUGUUUGUUCCUGGGAGAAUUCUGAGUGCAGAUUCCAGAGGUCACAGUAAGCCUUGCAGCUUGAGCUGAAAGAUGCCAGAGCCGGAGAUGUCUGCUGGCAGCAGGCAGGGUUCAUUCUGGUGACACAGCAACAGAUGCCUGGCCUGGGAACCCAGGGAUUUCACCUCCAUCAGUGAGAUCACGGGGUCACUGUAGGGUGAGGGAAGGAGUGCUUGGAGUCAGAGCUCCAGA